AUGGUGAUACUGUUUCCCGGGCAGUUUUCUAACAUGGAUGGGGGCGGAGCUGACAAUUUGUCCGAGUUUUUUGAGGAUUCGGAGGUGUCGCCGGAUGACAUCUUCAGCAUCCUGGAGAGCCUGGACGGCGGCCUUUCGGAGUUCGCCCCUGAAGCUUCGGGGUCGGGUUCGAAGGAUGCGGGGACCCGUUUGGCUUCCCAGAAGUCGACCUCAUCGAGUGGUUUGCAAGACUGCUCUGAACCGGAGCUUGAACCGGGCGAGCCGAAGAGCAAGAGGCAGAAGCUAACCACCACCCCAGGCGGUUCGUCAGAAGAGCCGGAGGGGCAGCUAAGGAUGUCUCACAUAACGGUGGAGAGGAACCGGAGGAAGCAGAUGAAUGAGCAUUUGUCGGUGCUGAGGUCUCUCAUGCCUUGUUUCUAUGUCAAGAGAGGUGACCAAGCAUCAAUAAUCGGUGGAGUGGUGGACUACAUCAACGAACUACAACAAGUCCUACAGUCCCUAGAGACCAAGAAGCAAAGAAGAGUUUACAGCGAGGUUCUAAGUCCCAGACUCGUCUCUAGCCCUAGACCCUCUCCACUCAGCCCCAGAAAACCUCCAUUGAGUCCAAGAUUGAACCUUCCCAUAAGCCCAAGAACACCGCAGCCCACCAGCCCAUACAGGCCAAGAUCGAUGCUCGCCUCUUCGCUAGACCCCUCUCCUUCUUCCUCCUCCUCCUCCGUCGAUGGCGUGGUGAAUGAGCUUGUCGCCAACUCAAAAUCCGCCAUUGCUGACGUGGAGGUGAAGUUUUCUGGGCCCAAUGUUCUGCUCAAGACCACGUCUCCGCGGAUUCCAGGGCAGGCCGUGAAGAUCAUUGCGGCACUAGAGGACCUCGCCCUCGAGAUCCUGCAUGUGAGCAUUAGCACUGUUGAUGAAACCAUGCUCAAUUCUUUCACCAUCAAGAUUUGA